AUGAUUGAUACGGCUAAAAGUAAUUCAGCUUUUAGAGGUUUUUCAGUAGGAAAGGAUAAUGUGGAUGUCAGUCAUCUUCAGUUUUUCAAUGAUACGAUAUUUUUUGUGAACGAUGAGGAGUCUUUGGUUGUACUUUUGGAUAUUCUCAAGGUGUUCAGUGUGGUGUCUGGUUUAUCUAUCAAUCUGCAGAAAUGUCAAUUGUUGGGAAUCAAUUUGAAUGAGGAGAUCGUGGAACGACAAGCUAAAGAGAUAGGUUGUGAGGUAGGUCAAUGGCCAAUUCAGUUUUUGGGUCUUCCUUUGGGGGAUUCUCCUCGUUCGAAGGGUUUUUGGGAGCCUGUUAUUUCGAAAUGUGCUAAUCGUUUGGAUUCUUGGAGCGCUUUUUUGUCUAGAGGUGGCAGAUUGACUCUUAUUCAAUCGGUUUUGUCUUCAAUCCCCAUUUAUUAUUUGUCUUUGUUCUGUAUCCCUAAGAGUGUGGUGGGGAUUAUUGAAAAGCUGAUGCGGGAUUUCUUGUGGGAAGGGGCGGAACAUUCAGGGGCUGACCACUUGGUAUCUUGGAAUGAAUUUUGUAAAUCACGUAGUCACGGGGGCUUGGGUAUUGGAAAUUUAGCGUUGCGGAACAAGGCUUUUCUUUUCAAGUGGUUGUGGUGGUUUCCUAUGGAGAGUACUUCUUUGUGGCAUAGGGUGGUCAGAAGCAGAUAUGGGAGUGAUGGGGGCCAUUGGGACACUAAUGUUGGAGGAAGAUUUUCGACUCGUGGCCCUUGGAAAGACAUCUCGUCUUUGUAUGAAGAGUAUAGAAGCUUGGUUUAUUUUAAAGUAGGAAGGGGAGACAGAAUUCGUUUUUGGGAGGAUGUUUGGAUUGGCGAUUCAUCUUUCAAACUGAAAUACCCAGAUUUGUUCAGGGUUUCGGAGGCCAAGAAUUAUUUGAUUAAGGACGUGGUAGUGGGGGAGGAGAUCAACAGUUCGGAAGGCCUUUGCUUGGACUUUAGAUUCAGAAGGAAUCUUUUUGAUUGGGAGAUUCCAAGUUUGGUUGAGUUGUUUAAUUUGAUUAAGUUUGUAGAUUUACCCCAGAUUUUGGAGGAUAAGAGGAUUUGGAUUCCAGAUACUAGUGGAGUUUUCAAUUGCAAGACUGCAUUUCAAUCUUUGUCCUGUGCUAAUUUAGGUCCAGAGUUACCUUGGGCUAAGAGAGAAGAAGACCUUUUCAAUAUUUGUCACCAAGUUGGUGUGUUUGCUGUAAAAUCAAUGAUUUCUAGAACUAUUUUGACAACAGAGCUUCCUUAUGUCCUGAGUGUUAUUAUGAAUGAAAAUAAAAUAUGGUCAGUUGGGUCAUUUGUUGAACCUCCCUCGGAAAGGGAAGUUUUGGGGGACCUUAUCACAUCAGAUAAUUGCAAGGAGGAUAAAUUGUCAAAAAAACAUGAGUUGUGGUUUUUGAUAAAUGGAAAACCUGUGAGAUUCUCUAUCCAAGAGUUUGCAAUAGUAUCUGGAUUAUACACUGGUGGCGAAUUAACACCAGAAGAACUAAAUGUGGUUUCAUCAAACAACAAUUUAAAGAAUAAGUACUUCAAGGAUAGGUCUAUAAAAAUAGAGGAUGUAGCAAAUGUGCUAGAUAAUAUACCAAAAGAGGAGAGAAUGAAAGACAGAGUGAAGUUGUGCUUUAUCUACCUACUAAGUGCGUUUCUGUUAAAUUCAAGUGCCGGUACUACAAUAGAUUUAUCUUGGCUACGACUAGUGGACAAUUUGGAAAUAUUUGAUCAAUAUCCUUGGGGGAGGCUGGUAUAUGAGAAGAUUAUAGAUCAAAUCACUCGUGUAAAGUUCCGGAAAGAUCAUAAUAAAGAUAUUAUCAGGUGGAACUUCAUAUGUUGUCCUUGGAUAUUUCAGAUAUGGAUCUGUGAAGCAAUGCCAAAAUUGGGAGAAAUGAUUGGACAAAGAAUUCCAGGAAAUCAUAUUCCACGAUGGAUUGGUUGGAAAAUAAAUGUUAAGGUCCAAAAUAUCACAGUUGCAAGAAUAUCCAAAUUAAUAUAA